AGUGCUGUGGAUGUUGCGGUAUGUGUGGAAUUUUCAGUGGGUCCAUAUUAAUCGGACGUUUCGGCACUGUCCCACUACGUCCUCCUAUGGUGUGCCGACCGGAAGUGAUCAAUUUCCGGCCAGGAGAUAGUAAGCCUCCGCUACACUUCCUCAUCUGCCAGGUCUCGGUGGCCAGUCUCUAGUCGACUGCCCUGUGUCCCCCUAUCCACUUCUCCUCUCUCUUCCGCCAUAGCCACAAGGAAGCAGACUCCGUUUCACGUGCAACAACCGAUAUGGCCCGUUUCCGGACCUGUCCUGUAACCCCCAGUCUGCUGAAAGUGCGCCACAGUGAUUGCGCUGGGAAACCUCUGCAGCCCACCUCCACUGGAAAACACCAUGCCUUUCAGCCUUUCUCUGUGCAGGGUUUAGAAUGUCGGCAUGCAAAGAAACGUCCUCAGUUUGGCGGAUAUUAGUUGUUAUUCUGGCCAGUCUCUCCGUCUACCUCUAUCUGUACUCGAACGCCUUCGGUGGAACACCGGCUAUACGGGGCAAUCUAAGUGAUCUUCAAGUGAGUGAUUCAAAGUCGGUGUGGCGCGACCCGUCCGUAUCCGGAUCUUACUUUCUAAAGCAGAUGGAUAGGUUCCCGGAAGUACCGGCUCUUUAUGAGACCACACCUGUGACCAUUAGGGCCUCGGCUGCGACCCCGCCAAAAACGACACAGCUGUUCCUCGACAACGUUGACUAUACUAUACUGGAAAUGUUCAAAUUUCGUAUUCUCGCAAACUCAACAUUACCAUUGCUGACACUGUUUACCUCAUGGAAUACAAACCCAGAAAAAAAUCUCGUUCAUAAACUUACUCUUCUUAACUGGCUAUCAUUGCACCCUUACGUUAUACCCGUGGUUUUCACUAACCAAAGCUCAAUAAUUAACCAGUGUAACCAGGUAGGCGUCACGGUGUUGCCACUUUCGGGCGUCGCAGCAGACGGAAUUCCCGUGCUUAAGUACAUGUAUCGUGACGUCAUAAACAUUUUUAAUACGUCAUUCUAUGCUUUUAGCAAUAGCGACAUACUUUUCACUCAACUAUUGGUCCAUACGUUAGCUCAGAUUAUUAACUCAAUAACGGAGGAUAUAAACAAGCCUGUUUUAAUUGUUGGACGCAGAACUAACGUCAACAAUGUCGCGUUAGAGGAAGGCUUAUACUGGGAAAAUAUUACCAGAAUUUCAAAAAGUAGAGGCCAACUGUUUACAGGGUGGGCGGAGGACUAUUUUAUUACUACGCCGUCGUAUCCGUGGAAUGAAGUCCCGGAGGUUGUGAUAGGUCGGAGGGCUUAUGACAACUGGCUUGUGUAUAAUGCGAGAAAAAUGAAAUACAAUGUGAUAGACGCUACCAAUACGAUCCUGGCCGUACAUCAGACCACACAGGCUGGGAAUUUUGAAGGUCAUGGUCACUCUCAUGAAGACUACAAUGAUAAUUUAUUAGUAAAAAUAUAUAAACGUAUAAAAUAUGAAACCGGUAUAGUAGAGUGCAUAGAAAGGUUUACUGAAUAUGAAUCGAAACAAUUUCAGCUAAAAACAAGAAAGGUGCCUGUGGCAUGCAAUGUGUGAUUAUUUUGUUAAAUGUUUCCUUUGUAGUUUGUUGUUUAUGUUAUUGCGUGUAUGUUCAACGUGGGGCAUCAUGUUCAUAUUUGGUUGUGACUUAUUACAUAUUUAAUUGUAAUGUCAUAAUUAAAUUGUGUACUAUAUUGUUAUAAUUAUGAUAUGGCAUGGUAAUGGUCACACAACAAAUACGAAGAAAAAAGGCACACAUUAUUAUUUUUAAAACAUGCUUGGAAAAUCUUAAGUUCUUUGGAAUAAAAUGAGCAUAAUCAA